AUGGCUGCUUCCGACGGUAUCCAAGUCCUUGAUCAAGGAGUCGGAUAUGGAAUUGUCGUUGGAAUUGGCGGGUUCUUCGCCAUCAUGAUGCUCGUACUAACCUACCUCCAAAACCGCUAUACAACCUACAGCACCCAUCAAGCCGAGGAAUUCAACACGGCCUCCCGCAGUGUGAAGCCUGGUCUCAUCGCCGCCGGCAUUGUCUCCUCAUGGACCUGGUCGGCGACUCUCCUCACGUCUUCCACCUUCGCCUAUUCCUAUGGCAUCUCCGGGCCCAUGUGGUACGGCGCCAUGGGCACGUGGCAGAUCCUCCUCUUCGCCCUGAUCGCCAUCAAGAUCAAAGCGAACGCGCCUGGCGCGCACACCAUGCCCGAGAUCGUGCUCAGCCGGCACGGCACAGCUGCGCACAUAACGUAUCUAUUCUUUGGCUGGGCGACGAACAUGCUGGUCGGUGCGUGCCUGGUCUUGGGAGGAAGCCAGGUUGUGAGCGCACUCAGUGGGGUCAAUGUCUACGCAGCGUGUUUCCUGAUCCCGAUCGUGGUCACAGCGUAUGUGAUUGCUGGUGGUCUCCGGUCUACCUUUAUAGCGGAUUACACGCAUACCGCAAUUCUCUUCGUUGCGAUAUUCGUUUUUGGCUUCAGUAUGUAUAGCACGAACCCCGCGGUAGGUUCGCCGGGCAAGUUCUAUGAUAUGCUCCUCGAGGCGAGUGCCAAGAUGCCGAUCAAAGGAAACCAUGAGGGUAGCUAUCUCACAUUUAAGAGUAACGACGGUUUGGUAUUUGCGAUUGAUAUUUUCGUGUCCGGGUUUAGCACUGUGUGGUUGGAUCAGGCGUAUUGGCAGCGAGCUAUUGCCUCCCGACCCGAGACAAGUGUGAAGGCCUACAUCUUCGGGGGCAUUGCAUGGUACGGUAUCCCGUUCGGCUUUGCGACGGCGAUGGGGCUUGGAUGUGCGGCUCUUUCAUUCAGCCCCUCAUUCCCUACAUAUCCGAACCCAUUGAGUGCGGAGCAGACUGGGGCGGGUUUGUCCGCUCCUGCAACUGCUAUCGCUCUCCUAGGCAAAGGGGGCGCGGGCCUGUUGCUCUUGUUGCUGUUUAUGGCCGUCACCUCUUCUACGAGUGCCGAACUCAUCGCGGUCUCGUCACUCCUAACCUUCGAUGUGUACAAGACGUACAUCAAGCCAAAAGCUACAUCCACGGAACUGGUAAAGAUUUCUCACGGCGGCAUCGUGCUGUACGCCUUAGUUCUAGCUGCCUUCUGCUGCAUCCUCAACGCCGCCUCCAUCAACCUGACCUGGCUCCUCACCGUCCUCGGCAUCAUCGUAGGCGGUGCCUCAAUCCCCGUCGGUCUCAUCCUCCUCUGGUCUCGCACCUCCACCAUCGCCGUCCUCCUCGCUCCCUGGAUCGGUUUCUUCUGCGGUCUCAUCGCCUGGUUCAUCGUCACGCACUUCCGCUCCGGCGCCAUCAACGUCGCCACCACCGGCGAUGUCACCAACGCCGUCGCCGGCAACCUCGUAAGCUGGGGCAUGGGAUCCAUCUCCGCCGUCCUCCUAAGUCUGGCCUUCCCCAAACGCUUCGCCAGUACAGACCCGGAGGCCGUCGCGCGCGCCAACAAAAUUAACGGCAUCGCACCACCCGCAAGCGCCACCCCAUCCAGCCCCGCCAACCCCUCCAUCGCCGGCGCCGCCGAAGAAGAAGAAAAGCACGAAAAACACCCCUCCACAACCUCGACCACACCCUCUCCCUCUCCGCCCUCCAACCCACUCCCCGACACCAUCGUGCCCACCGGAAACGAAAUCGUCGAUUUUCUCGAGCGCUCGCACGUCGAGCCCAUGGACCCUCUCGAAGUAGCGCGCGCGACGCGUCUCGCCGUCGGGUUCAACAUCCUGUUCCUGGUGGUCGCGAUCCUCUUCGUGCCGUUCCUGCUAUUCGGCGGGUCGUGGAUCUUCCUGCGCCGCAUGUUCGUGGGGUGGUGCGUGGUUAGUUUUAUUUGGGUGUGGUGCAGUAUGGUGAUUUGUGUCGUGUGGCCCAUUGUGGAGAGUCGGGCUACGAUCUGGGGCAUUUUGGGGGGCGUGGUGAGGGAUGUUGGGGGAGGGGGGAGGAGGAAGAAGAGGAAAGAAGGGGAUGCGGAGGGGGAGGGGUCGGCUUAGAUUCUAGAUUUUUUGGGGGGGGUGGCUUUGCUUUGCAUGUAUGUAGAUGCGCCGACUUACUGGUAUAUACCUUGCUUGUUUGAUUUAAUAGAAAUAGAAAUAGAAAG